GAUAAGAACGGAUUACGUACUAACCGCGAUAAAGUUAAGGCAAUAUUAAAUGCGCCGGAACCGACAAAUAUUACGGAAGUAAAGAGGUUCCUAGGAGUAGUCAACUACUACAGGGUUUUUAUUCCUAAUGCAUCGAGCAUUAUGAGCCCGCUCCACGAGUUGCUGCGCAGUGGCGCGCGGUGGGAGUGGGGAGCGCGCCAGCGCCGCGCGGUGCGUCGCGUGUGCGCUGAGCUCGCCUCUGAGCGCGUGCUGGCGCAUUUCGAGCCGAGCGCGCAGCUAGUGCUAUCAGUAGAUGCCGGGCCGCAUGGACUCGGGGCUGUCCUAUCUCAACGGGGCAGCGAUGGCGGCGAGCGACCAUUAGCGUACGCCUCGCGGUCGCUUUCGUUUCAGAUAACGAUCCCAAGAUAAAUUCAAAGGAAUUUAAUUUGUUCUGUUCCAAUAAUGGCAUUAAAUACAUGACGACUCCAAUUUACCAUCCAUGUAGCAACGGUCAAGCGGAAAACUCAGUAAGAACAUGUAAAAAGAUGUUGAAAAUAAUAUUAAGUGAAAACUCUGCACAACAUGUGUUACGUGAAAAAUUGAUAGGCUAUUUAUUUGAAUAUAGGAAUACAGAGCACUGCACUACUGGACACUCGCCCGCAGAAUUAAUGUUUGGUCGGAAGCUGAGAUCACGGCUUGAUUUAAUACUUCCAAAAGAAAAUGAAUCGCAUAAAACAAUGUCGAAGGAGAAUGAAUGUAGUAGCAGAGCCUUUGUGAUUGGUGACAGGGUAUGGGUCCGGUGGUACAGUGGUAGAAAAGAAGCUUGGAAAUUAGGAGUAAUAAGUAAAGUGAUAGGGAAAAGAAUGUAUGAAGUGGUGGUUGAUGAUCAAAGUGUAUCUUGUAUUAGGCAUCUUGAUCAGCUUUUAGAGUGUAAAAAUAAAGGUAUAGCAAGAUCAAUUGAUUGUGAUGAACCGAUGCCUUCAGGGGUUCCACCCGUUCCUAGUUCACCGACUUCAACAAUUCAGUUUAGUCCAACAACAUCCGAAUUAAUUAGUGAGUCGGAUUCAGUUAGCACAACAGGUGUAGAUUCAGAGGAACCGGUGGAAGAAGAAACGGUGGCAGCGCCAGUUACUAUUACUAGCGUGGAAGGUUCUAGCAAUGCUGCUGGAAGCAGUAGUAGUGGUAGCGAUGUAAUUUGUACUGAAGCUCGAGAAGGUGUACGCCAAUCUGUCAGUUGUAUGCCAGACGCCCAGGCUCCUCAAGCCUCGGCCAGGCCACAGGAUUCAUCUCCGCAAUUAUCACGUGCACGUUCUCAGCGAGUUAGGAAGAAGAUUUCAAAAUUAGUGUGGAGGAAUGAUGUGUAUGUGCAUCUCGCUCACUCAUGUGUAGCACCGCAUUGUGUGAAGGUGUCAUUGCGCACGGCAGUAUUAAACUAGUAUCCAUCGAAA